UCCCCCGUCGCUAAGUAGCGAUAGUUAAUUCUCUCUCUCCUCCCGCUUCUUUCACCACUCUCUCUCUCUAGUCUCUACACUACACUACACUACACUACACUACACAACACUUUACCUCUCUACACACAGACAGACUAUGUUGAUUCCCUCCGCCUCGUCGCCUCACGGACACGCUAGGGUUUCCUCGCCUUCUUCUCCUUCUUUAAGACUCUCGCCCUUCUCGAAGCUCGGUUCGAUUUCUUCCUCCCUGCCGGUCCGAUUGAGCAUUCCUCGCAGGUGUCCGCGCGCGGUUCUCUGCUGCUCCGCCAAGUCCAGAGGAAUGGCGGAAGUGCUGAAGGACAGCGAGCCCGCCGCCGCAACCUCCGUCCACAACAGCCUCUCGAGUUCAUUUCUCGAUGUUCGGACCGAGGAAGAUCUGCUUUUCGGAAUAAAAAAGGAAGCAGAAGCUGGAAGGCUUCCUUCAAAUGUUGCUCGAGGAAUGGAGGAACUAUAUAGAAACUAUCGCAAUGCGGUUUUCGAAAGUGGAAUCCCCAAUGCAAAUGAAAUUGUUUUGUCAAACAUGACUGUGGUACUUGAUCGUGUUUUCAAGGAUGUGGAGGACCCUUUUGUCUUCUCGCCAUAUCACAGAGCCAUACGCGAGCCAUUCGAUUACUAUAUGUUUGUUAAAAGAUAUAUUCGUCCUCUGAUUGAUUUCAGGAGUUCUUAUGUUGGCAACAUCUCCGUCUUCCGCGAAAUGGAAGAGAAGCUUCAGCAGGGCCAUAACAUUGUCUUGAUUUCCAACCACCAAAGUGAAGCAGAUCCAGCUGUUAUUGAAUUGCUGCUUGAAGCAAGGCAUCCACAUAUAGCUGAAAACAUGACUUUUGUGGCCGGAGAUAGAGUCAUAACUGAUCCUCUUUGCAAGCCCUUCAGCAUGGGAAGGAAUCUCUUGUGUGUGUACUCGAAAAAGCACAUGAAUGAUGUCCCUGAGCUUGCUGAGAUGAAAAGAAAAGCCAAUACGAGAAGUUUAAAGGAAAUGGCUUUGCUUUUGAGGGGUGGAUCACAAAUAAUAUGGAUUGCGCCAAGUGGUGGAAGGGACCGCCCAGACCCAAUCACAAAAGAAUGGUAUCCGGCACCUUUUGAUGCUGCUUCAGUGGACAACAUGAGAAGGCUCACAGAACAUGCUGGUGUUCCGGGUCAUAUAUAUCCCUUAGCAAUAUUAUGUUAUGACAUCAUGCCCCCUCCGCCACAGGUUGAGAAAGAAAUAGGAGAGAGCAGAGUAAUCUCCUUUCAUGGAACUGGAGUAUCAGUGGCACCUGCAAUCAAUUUCCAUGAAAUUGAUGCUGCUUGUGGAGACCCUGAAGAGUCAAAGAUGGCAUAUACGCGGGCACUAUUUGAUUCUGUUGUCAAGCAGUACAAUGUGCUCAAUUGUGCUAUACAUGAAAAAAAGGGUCUCGAGGCUUCAGUUCCUACGGUCUCACUGUCACAACCAUGGAAUUAGUCAACUGCUUAUACCAUAAUGUUUUGCUUUAGAAUCAGGCUAAGACAAUUCUUUUGAGGAAAUUUGUAUAGCUUCUCGACGAGUCUGCCCUCCCUUCGAACAAACUAUACACAAGUAAAAGGACGAAGCCUUAUUUUCAUUGCAAAAUCGCAUCUGGGCAAAGCUUGCCAUUGUUGACGACUGUUUCUUACAAGCUCACCUUUUUCUUUUUUGUGGAGGUAAAAUCAAUAGUUAUUAGAGUUGUUUAGUGUACAGUUUAGUCUUACUUCCAGUAAAGAAUCAAUACCAACUCACAUGUAUAUACCUACAGAUCCUGUAUCAUAUUCUGUUGUCAUGGUAAUUGCUCGGUUUACUUCA